AUCAUUUCCUAAAAUAGACAUUUUCGUCACAACAAAAACAUUAUUUGUCAUUCUAGAAAACACGUAUAUUGUCUACUUUCGCGACAAAGAUAAAUAAUGAGAUUUGGUAUGGAUGAUGAGCCUGAUGUAGACAAAAAUGAUCAAAAAAACAUGGAAGAAGUAAACACAGACACACAAGAAGAGGAAGCUGCUGCCAGCUCAACAGGGGAGACAACCAACAAAAGAAAAGAAUUUGCUAUGGUUAUUUUUCACAACAUUCCUGAAACAUACCCAGCAGAUGCUCACAUUGAAUGUGGCUAUACAAUAACAUCUGACCUUACACCAAGUAGAAGUGACUGGAUUGGAUUGUACAAAGUUGGUUGGUUGUCAACGAGAGAUUAUAUUUACUACGACUGGGUCAACAUACCAUCUAAUUAUGAAGCUGGAAAGGAUGCAGAAGGACAUAUACUGUUUCCCUCUCAUAAACUGCCCAAUGAUGAUGGAGAAUUCUACCAGUUCUGUUACGUAACAAGUUCUGGACAGAUCAGAGGAGCCAGUACACCAUUCCAGUUCAGAAGGCCAAGUGCUGAUGAUUUUCUUGAGAUUGAAGAUGAAGAAACUGAAAUGCUGGUUAUUAGAUCAAAGACAGUCGUAAUGGCAGAAAAUAUCAGUAAGCUAGAAUCGGAGAAAACUGCUUUGUUACAGAUGCAGCACGACCUUGAACUGGAAAGAGAUGAACUUGUAAACAAACUGUAUUCACUGGACCAGAACCUUCAGGAAGUGGUGCAGGAAAACAAACAUUUAUCUGACCAAGUUAAUGUUGACAAGCAGACGAUUGUACAACUACAACAGGAAGCUAAGGACCUAAUCAUGGUCAGAGAUGAAGUUCAGCAAAAGGCUGAUACAGUGAAAAGGGACAGAGAAUCAAUACAAGACAAAGUCAACAGAUUAGAUGAUGAGAUAAAUAAGCUGAAAGAACAUGAUAAAAGAUUACAGAAUGAGAAAGAUAAUUUGGAAGGGGAAAAUCUCAAACUGAAACAAGGAAUAGAUAUGUACAAGCAACAUUUUACAAAACAAGAGGGAAUGGAUAAGGAGUCAGCACGUCAGAUUGAAGAUUUAGAAAUAAAACUUGCCAAACAGGAGAGCCUUGUUGAACACCUGAAGUCAAAACUAGACAGUACAAAAGCAGAAUUAGAACAAACCAAGUUGUUGCUACAUCGACAGGAAGAAAUAUCUUCUUCAGAUAAAGAGAACAUUGAUUACUUGUCAGAAAAGAUACAGAACUUAGAAGACAAAUUGGCAGCUGCUGAUAAUGUCAAGGAGCUACUUCAGGAUGAACUCACAACAUUCAGGGAACAUAAUCAGAAAAUGGCUAAUGAUUUACAGGUCUGUAAGGAAGAGAAUCAUUCCCUGAAGCAGAAAUUAAGUCAAGAUCAAGAUACCUUAGGAUCACAAGUAUACAACUUACAAAUUCAGCUUAAAGAAAAAGCAACUGAAAUCGAGGCCAUACAAAUCCAAGUUGAAGAAAAAGAAAAAAAUUUGGCUUAUGUGCAGUUGCAAGUAGAGAAGUUACGAACAGAUAAUGCUGAGCUGGGAAACAAACUAGAAAAGGCUUCAGAAACCUGUAUUGGAGGUUCAAUGCAGUGUCUUGUUCUUGCCCAGUCAACACUAAAAGACAGAUAUUCCAAAAUGGAACAGCACCUCUCACAAUAUCAGAUUGAAUCUACAAAGAAACAGAAGGAAUACAAACAGGAGAUUAAAGACAUGAAACGUGAGAUUGAAGACCUGAAAGAAAGGCUAACAAUGGGAUCAAAUGAGUACAGGAACUUGUACAUUGAAAAUAGAAAACUGACCAAAAAAAUGGAAAAGUUAGAAAAAAGAAAACAACCACAACGCCAGAGUUCUGAGACAGAAGUUGUAACAAUAGAACAUUACCAAACAUCUUCACCAGAUAUAUCUGCUGCUGAAGAUGUAAUAGAGACCCAGCUUCAAAGUGACCUAGAUGAAGUUGGCAAAGAACUAGAUCACAGACAGGAGAAAAAAUUAAAAUACAAGAUUAGUUUAAUUGAGGAAAGAAAGAAAGUAGAAAAGCUGAAGAAAGAAUUGAAAGAGAAAGAUGAUGAAAUAGAAAUGUUGAAAAAAUCUUUGAUUGAAAUUCAAAAUGAAAAAGAUGUUAAAGUUAGGUCUCUGGAGAACUACAUGUCAGACAAAGACAAGACAAUAGAAGAACUCAACAGAAAGAUAAGAGAUUCAAUUAAUAUACAUGAUGGACCAUGCAAGAUUCAUUCCUUGGAAGGUAGUGGUGCUGCUUCUUCCCUUGAGAAACCUAAAACAUCCACUGAAGGAAAUAGCUACCCAUACAUGGUAUAUCCUUACCAUGGACAGACCCAGCCUAUGGUGUAUCCUCAGCAGACUCGGGCCUCACCAUUAGUUUACCCAGCACAACAAAGACCAAGCAUGUGUCCAUCACAGGGUCCAAUCAUGUAUCCACAUCCACAGAAUUUCAUUCUUCCUCCACAAUACAAAAGACGUGCUGAAGAGGGACAAAGUGCAGCUGCUUCCCCUCCAGUUCCCCCUCCCCGUACAGACUUAAAGAAGACACCAGUUCAAGAUGAUGUUAAUCCUGAAGUUCAGGCGUUAGACCCUCCUCUUCGGCCUCUCCCACCACCAAUGAUACCAGAGAGACUACAGACAUCUAAGGCAGCAGAGGUGAUAAAUUUGAUAUGCGGAGCAGAAGGAGGAAACAGUACUCCAUCAGCACCACCCAUGCAGGAUAUGAAAGAAGAAAGGUUUGUUGAUGCUCCAGGUGAAGGGAUGAAGAUUUGUCCCGUGUGUUCCAGUACUUUUUCGGCUGAUGUCAGUGACACCAAUUUCGAGGAGCAUGUUAUUGGUCAUGUAGGUAGAAUAUGUCCGUUGUGUUACAAUAUUGUGGAAAAUUGUACUGACGAAGAAUUCCAACGACAUGUUAACCAACAUCUGGAUCAGAAAAGCACUUGUAAUCCUCCUGAGGGGCCAAUAGAAUUUGACUAAGUUUUUGAAGAUUAAUUUGAAUAAGUUUCGAAGAUAUCUGAUUAUGUUUUGGUGUUCAUGUAAAAACAUGAACAUGUUGGAUUUUAUUUGAACUAUAAGCUUGUACACAUGGGACCUUAUUUAAAAGAAAAUCUUGUACACAUAAAUUACAAUGAAUAUUUUGUUUGUUGUCGUGGUUAUUUAUAUGAUUUUUAGUAUUGACAGUAUUGACAACUCUGGUAAUGGUACAGAAAUACAGAAAAGUUAAUUCAUUUUCUUUUUGAUCAGUGUAAUGUAAAAAAUAUGUGCUUUCUUGUAAACUAAUGCUUGUUAUACUACUUUUGAAGUUAUUCCUUAACCCUAGUAAAACAUUUUGUUUUGUUUAUGUCUAUCAGCGUGGCCAUGAAGUUACCUAUAGUUGCCUCCAUCCACCUCAUUUGGUGGAUACUUCUCUCGUUGGCAAUCAUACCACAUCUUCUUAUUUUAUAUCAGGGGUAUAUUUCAGAGUUAAAAUAUUUAAUCUUUUCUUCAAUUUAAUUAAAGAUUUAAAAGUCCCCAGUAACAUAAGUAUGAUUUGUAUACAAAACCAAACUUUUUUCAAUACACCAUAUAUAUAAUAAUAUAUUAUAUAUAUAUAUAUAUUAGUCUAAAAAGGACCAAAUUGUACGAUUUAAAGGGCAAUCUGAUAAGACAUAUUUUUAUAGUAUUUGAAUGUCACAUAAAUUACAAAUCACACUUACAUUAGUUAUUACAUUUUAUUUGUGUUAUGCUGUUAACAUUUUGUUAUGAUUAUUUGAAGCGUUUUUUUUAAACAUCUUUGCAUUCUCAUUAUAGAACAGUGAGGGUUUUGGACACAUUUUUUUGUAUGCAUUAUUUAAAAUGAUUUUGUUAUAGAUUUAUAUUUGGAAAAUGUAGGAGUUUUAGAUAUGUCAAAGUUUAUUAUGCAUUAGCAAUAAAAUCAAUGGUUAUUUUUUUUUUUGAGUGAUUACAGAAUAUUUGCAUAGCAGGGUUCAAGGGCGGAUACAAGUAAUGCUCAUCCCCACAAUCUUCAGUCAAAUGCUACUGCACAGCAACGAAUAGAUAACCUUAUAGAAAUUAACAAAUUGUUUAGAAAUAUAUUUUUUUUCCCGUAUAUAUACAAUUACAAAAAUUAUAAUCUCCUUACAUGUAAAUAAUAAAUUUAAUGUCGUCUGCUUUACUUAAUUUUAUGUGUAGAUGUACAACAUAGAAAUUUUUUCGAAUAAUACGAAAUUAUUUUUCUUUUUUUUCUAUAUUCAGAAUAUAUUUGGGAAGGCAAUUUUUUUUAGAAAUUUAUAUUUGAUACAACUUUACAGUGAUUGAGAGCACAGUAAGACAUGUAUGGCUGCUAAAUUGACAUAUUUAUAGAAAGUCACAACAAUGGCAGAUGGCUGUACAGAGACCUGAAGUUGUUUUCAUCCUUGUUUUUUAUCCUGUUUUUGAUAUUCAACAUGUAUAAAAUAAUCACAUGUUUAAUCCAAACAAAUUCUUCAGUCUUUUUUAUUGUUUGAAUAAGCUUUUCCUUUAAAUAGGUUUAUAGUAUCAUCACAUUAAUGUUGAUCGAAUACGUAAUCUAAUAUGUGUACCCAAGCUAAUCAUAUUUUAGUGUGUGUUGGAGCAUUGUGAUAAGUUUUGAAUUACCCGGUAUUAUUUUAAGAUGGAAACAGUUGAUUUAACUUUUUCUAAUUUAUAUUUGAUACUAAUCAAGUAUAUAUAUAUACUCAUGCUAUAGAGCUUUCCCCUUCUUUUCUUACAAUUUAAUGUCUCACUGUUUAAAUCUAAUUUUCAAUAUUAACCUUUGUUAUUUCUAAAUGAAUAGUCAUGAUUCAAAAUAUGAAUACAUCAAAAUAUAUGUGUAGAUUAUUAAUUUCAUGAUUUCAUCUCUCAAACAUUUAAAUGGGCUCAUUUUUGUCUCCAUGGCAACCAUUAUUACUGCAGCGAGACUUGGGUGUUGGGUUUGCUGGUGUUGCUCUGUUUAAGUUUGUGAUAAGGUUAUUCAGACAAGACAUAUCUGUGUCAUUUAUUUAAGGAAAGGGUUGAUUUAUCUACUAUAUACUGUGCCUCCAUAAAUAUGUUAGAUUUAAAAAAAAACUAUCGAAGUUUUCAUUGGAAGGUGAAGUAGAUGAAAAUUGCCAUCACAUGUUUCCAUGUUAAGAAAGACAUUUUAUUUUUGUAUAUACAUGUAUUUUCUUAGUUUUGUUUUUUCCCAUAUUACUUCUUUUUACAAGUUAAUAAUAUUAUUUGAUUUUUUUCCUAUUUUAAGUUGUGAUAAUUAGUUUUGAUUUUAUGUUUAUGUUUUUGUCCAGUUUACAGUUUAUUUUGAUUGUUUAUCUAUAUUUGUGAUAUUUUUUUCAUCAACUGAUAUGUGAAGUAAAAGUAAUGGUCUUUUAAGUAGCAAUCUGCACCAAAAUUUGUGCUAUUAGUCAGAAAACCAAUAUUUGGAAGUUGUUCUUAUUUGUCUAAACAAAGUUUUGCAAAUACUUAUACUAGUCUGGGGCAUCGGUCUAGCAGCUCACAGUGCAGAUUGAAAUAGUUAAUCUAUUGCAAUAUUCAUGGAUAAGUUUUUAUCAGAAAAAACAAAAAGAUCACACAAAUGUUAUAUAGCGUUGAAUAAUAGACAAAGAAAAACAGUCACGCCCAGUAAUUUCCUGUGUCCAUACAAUUUUUUUGAUUCUCAUUAAAUGGACAGAGUAAAAAGUACAGCCAAAUGACCAGCCAUCAUGGUGUUGUAAAGGUUAUAAAAUACUCCUUUCAUUGUAUUAGUCAACCAAAUUAAGGUUACAAAAAUUGAGCAAAUUUCUUUUGUAUUUGUUUUGUGUAAAACCGGUAGGAUGUAUGCUUGAUUAUACCAGAUAGUAUAUAUAAACAAAUACAGCUCAGAAUAGACUGCAAACAUUGAUGCUUUUAUUACUUUAGAAAUUUUUGUAAAUGCCAAGCUAGAAAAAAGUUUUUUCUUUCUGUAUUGUUUAUUGCAAAAUGAAAACUUCACAUGAGUUUAAUAUACCUUUGCAACAAUACUUUACUUGUAUGGCAAAGUGAACACUUCACAGCAGUCAAAUUUAUCAUGUAAAUAGUGCUUUUAAUCUUUGUUAUCUGUUUUUGUUGUUGUACCAUAUCUAAAUAUGACUUUUCUGUGAUGGAAUACACUAAUAAAUAAUAUAGAGGA